AGAAUUUCGACUUUGAAUUUGGAACCGAUUUUGAAGGAACCCCUCACCUCAAGUUUAUAUAAUACCCUCGCCAUGUCUCUUCCUAAAGCGCUCCCGACCGGCCAGCUAGGGAAAAACGGCCCUCUUGUUCCCAGGCUUGGGUUCGGCUUAAUGGGCCUCAGUGUUGGAACAGGCGAAGUAAUCUCCGACGAGGAACGAUUUAAGAUCCUCGAUAGAGCGUGGGAGCUCGGCGAGAUAUUCUGGGACAGCGCGUUCGCUUACGGCGACAGCGAGGAUCUCCUGGGCAAAUGGUUCAAGCUGCACCCGGAGCGACGCGGAGACAUCUUCCUAGCUACCAAAUGGGCCCUCGAGUAUGGCGGCGACGCCAACCCGCAAGUUUACGUCGACAGCACGCCCGAGAACUGCAUCGCCAGCUGCCAGAGGUCUUUGAAGCGUCUGGGAGUUGAUAGUAUAGAUUUGUUCUAUUGCCAUCGCUUCGACAAUGUCACCCCUGUUGAGAAGUCCGUGGAAGCCAUGGUGCAGCUCAAGAAGGAAGGCAAAAUCAAAUAUCUUGGUUUGUCUGAGUGCUCCUCCAGUACGCUACGACGUGCUCAUGCUAUCCACCCAAUUACGGCUGUCGAGGUUGAAUACAACCCCUGGUCGCUCGAAAUCGAAAGCGAAGAUGGCACCAAUCUGCUUGCUACAUGCCGAGAACUUGGGGUUGCUAUUGUCGCUUACUCGCCCCUUGGUCGUGGAUUCUUGACUGGCCGCUACAAGUCUCGGGACGAUUUCGGGCCUAAUGACUAUCGUAGGAGCUUUCCAAGAUUCAGCCCAGAGAACUUCCCGAAGAACUUGGAGCUAGUCAAGAAGUUUGGAGCCUUUGCGGAAAGGAAGGGUCGCACGCCGAGCCAGUUGGUUUUGUCAUGGAUUAUGGCUCAAGGAGACGAUUUCUUCCCUAUUCCGGGGACCAGGAAUAUCAAGUAUCUCGAGCAGAACCUUGGCGCAUUAGACGCCAAGCUCACUGACGAAGAGAGCCGGCAGAUUAGGGAUCUCAUUGGGAAUUUGCAAGUUACAGGGCAGCGAAACUUACCACUUGCAAAUGUCCCGCCACAACAUCUACAGGACACCGCCCCCCUGAAAUGAGUUUGAUAUAUAGGACCUUACUGCUGUCCUAUGGGUCAGCUAUAUUUAGCAUAACUGAAUUGA